AUGGGACAGCCACAUCCACAUCAUCGACCCAACCAAACACCCCUUCCCAACCCACCUCUUCCACACCCGCACCCCCCACUCAGGCCCCCUCCCAACCGCACUGACCAACUCCUCCCGCCUCCACCUCCCCAACAUGGUCUUCGUCCAAGUAAGUACCUACGCCUACGACAACAGCUGGAUCCUCUCCUGCUUAGAAGAACUCGGUCCGUCGCGAAGCCGCGGCGUCGUAUCCUUCGAUCCAGAGACUAUAUCCUCUUCAACUCUCCAGCACUGGCACAAUCUCGGCGUUCGCGGCGUACCCUUGAAUCUCAGAUCAACAGGGAGGAAAUUAUCUCGCAAGGAGAUCCAGGAUGUACUGCGCAAAUAUACGGAAACGUUAAGGCCGUUGAAGACGUGGUCGAUAGGGUUAUAUGCCGAUAUGGCAAUAUUGGACCACGUGCAACCCUGGUAUCAGAACUAGGCGUCAAAAUCGUGCUUGAGCAUAUCGGGUCUCCUUCCAGCUUACCACUAAACCCAGCCAAGGAGCCAGGCUGGGAAGCGCUGCAGAAGAUGAUGGACGAUCCGAGGGUGUAUACGAAGAUCUCGGCACCGUAUAUUUUCUCUUAG